AUGGAGGUGCUGAGGUUUGGGGGGGACACGGGACAGCACAGCCCCACCCCCUUCCUCUCCCCCAAAGGGCCGUUCCCAGGCCAGCCCUCGUUCCCCGGCCUGGCCCCCCCCGGGUACCCCCAGACUCUGCCGCUGCCGCCCCCCUACCUUGACCCUGCCCCUGCGUACCCCGAGCUCUACCGUCUCAGCUUUGUCCCCCUGGGCGCUGCUGGCAUCCCCCCCGUGUCCCCCGGCUACCCAGGAGCGUCCCUGUACCUGCCCCUGGCCCCGCCGCUGCCCCUGGGGGCCCUGGGCUCCCCCGUGGCCUAUUUGCCCCUGGGCCAGGUGUACCCACCGGGAUCCACGGUGCUGCUGGAAGCGGGCUUUGACACCACAGCCAGGCUGGGGACAGGUGGCACCAGCAGCAUCCCGCCGCCGCCCGCCGGGUGCCCCCCAGCUGCCCCCCCGGUGCCCGUCCUGCCCGGAGCCGCCGUCCUGCUGCCCCCACGCAAGGGGGGCUUCCCGGGGGGGGCCGGGGGCGGCUUCAGCCUCUGGUGA